CUGUCAUCUGGGAUCUGUCAUUAAUUUUUGCCGGAAACUUUUCGCUUGCCGUUGCCGUUCAGUAGAAAGUGUAAACGCCGGUAUCGUUUCCUUUAAAUAAAUUUAAUAAGAAACUGGUUUAGUUGUUUUAUAAUAAUUGAAAAAUAAAAUGGCACCAAGAUCUACAAAAACCAAGAAAGCCACAGAUGUCAAAGUAGCUGAUGAAGCACCAAAAGGCAAAGGAAAGGGAAAAAUAAUUGAGGAGCCAGUGAUUGAAGCUAAAGCAGAACUUGAAGAGAACAUUGAGGAUGUUGCAGUGCCAGAUAAGAAGGCAAAACGCGGAAAGAAGAAAGCAAUAAAUGACAAAAAUGGACUGAAACCAGUUGAUGAUAAAGCUGAGGAUGUUGCUCCCCCAGCCAAGAAGAGUAAAAAGAAAAAGGCUGAGGAAUCUGAUCCUGAUGAUGUUUCUAAUGAUGGGGAUGAAGCUGACAAAAAUGGGGAUAUUGAAGCCAAUGGUGACUCUGAAGAGGCAGAAAAGGCUCCUGCUGGCAGGGGACGUGGUAAACAAGCAAAAAAAGAGCCGACAGUAGUUAAAGCUGGAAGAGGCAAGAAAGCAAAACCAGGGAAAGCUAAUGGUGAUGUAGAAAAAGAAGCUGUUGCUGAAAAACCUUCAGCUAAGAGAAGAGGACGUAAACCUCAGUCCAAGGAUGAUGCUAGUAAUGAGGAAGAAGUGAAGUCUGAGCCCGUGGCUAAAGGAAGAAAAAAAGUAACAAAAGAAGUGAAAGAGAAAACACCAGAGAGUGAAGAAGAAAAGGUUGUGGAGGAGCCUAAAAAGAAAGAGGCUAAAGGCCGGAAAGGAAGGGGUAAGAAACCUAAAGAAGAGGUGCCUCAAGACAAGGAAGAAGAUGAACAAACAGAAGAAAAAGGAAAUGGUGAUGCAAAGGCUGUUGAAGAAACAGAUGAGGUGGAAGAAGAAAUAAAGCCUGCCAAGGGCAAGCGGGCUCCAAAAAAAAGGUCAGCGGAAACUCCAGCAGUCGACGAUGAGUCUCAAGAUAUGCAAGACACAGGGGAACCAAAGAAAAAGAAGAGGGCUCUAUCUGAAGAUACUAAAACUGCACCACCCAAAAACAAAGCAUCAACAGAUUAUGACUCAUUAGAUUUUUCCAAUUCCUCGAAAAAUAAGCAGGAUAAGGAGUGGAAUUUCAAAAUUGCUAGUUGGAAUGUUGAUGGUAUAAGAGCAUGGUUGAAUAAAGGUGGUCUUGAUUACAUAAAAUAUGAAAAACCAGAUAUUCUGUGCCUGCAGGAGACCAAAUGUGCUCAGGAGAAACUACCAGAUGACGUAGCCAAUUUGCCAGGCUAUCAUUCUUACUGGGUCGGUAGUGAAAAGGAUGGUUAUGCGGGCGUUGGCAUCUAUACUACAAAACUCGCGAUGAAUGUCCAGUAUGGACUACAAGAUGAAGAGUUGGACAGUGAAGGCCGUAUAAUUACUGCUGAAUAUGAACAUUUUUAUUUGAUAUGCACUUAUGUUCCUAAUGCUGGUCGAAACCUAGUCACCCUCCCUAAGAGACUGAAAUGGAACGAGGAAUUCCGAAAAUUCGUUAAGGAUUUAGAUAAGAAAAAACCUGUGAUAAUAUGCGGCGAUAUGAACGUGUCACAUGAAGAAAUUGAUUUGGCCAAUCCUAAGACUAACAAAAAAAAUGCUGGAUUCACCAUUGAAGAGAGAACUGGCAUGAGCGACUUACUCGGCGAUGGCUUUGUCGACACCUUCCGCCAUCUCAACCCUGACAAGACCGGAGCAUAUACCUUCUGGACGUAUAUGAAAAAUAGCCGAUCGAAAAAUGUGGGAUGGCGCCUAGACUACUUCAUAGUGUCCGAGAGGCUCCUGCCGUCACUAUGUGAUAGCAUCAUCAGGGACCAAGUCUAUGGCAGCGAUCACUGCCCAAUAACCCUCUUCCUGCAUCUGAGCAGUGCUGACAAACCAAAAUAGGCACUUAAGAAUCAUUACACAAUAAAUUUUCAUAUCAACAAUUUCAUUAUAUCGACAUUGACACAAGUAAUAUUUUUUUGAGAGAACAUUAAAGUUAUUUCCGGUAAAA